AUGUUUUUUGAUGUAGAGUUGACAAUAUGCGAAGAAGAUCCUUUUCCGUAUGGACUCGACGAUAGAUUGGAUCCGUUCUCAAGAUCAUCGGGCUUAAGGCAUCGAGGCACACGUCAUCAGAAACACCAUCGAAAACACAAUCAUCAUAACUAUGACGAUCGCAAUCAUUGGGGAUUCGAAGAUGAUGAACGAAAAUCCGAAAUUCAGAAAGAAUCCGAGUUAUCGAAAUCUGUGAAUGACGCAUUAUCCGGAAUUACGACGACACAAUUACCUCCUGAUCCAUACCACAAUGGAUUACUAAAGGAUAUUGGAACAGUUGGAGUCGGAUUUGGUGUUGGCGUUGGUGUUCCCGGCAACGAUCCAGUGAGCGUCGGCACUGGAGUAAGCGUUGGUCUCGACGAGUCCGGUCCAGCCGGUCGUCUUCCGCCAUUCUCCGAAGCAAUCUUUCCAAGACAGGGCGAGCAACAUUCGCUGAACGAUUACGAUGGAAACAAGGAUUUGAUAAUGCCAUCGAAAGCUUGGCAUUAUUAUCAAGGAAUUCGAUGGGGAUUCAUCAAGGCGCCGCAGUAUGAGCCGCGCAAAUCGCUUGUUGGUGUCAACAGCGGAGUUGGAGUUCUUGGAGCCCAAGCGCCAAAUGGAGGAUAA